UCUACCACACUUUAAUGUGAUGCAGGGUCAGUUCUGCACGCACAUGCUGCAGGAGUAUAAAGAGAAGGAGGAAACGGCAAGACGCAGCAAGCAGGUGGCAUUCAUUUUACCAGCCACCAUGAAUGCCUCCGGUCACGGUAUCCCUAUCGUCAACAUCCACUCAACCAGGGAUGGCACCGUGGUAACAGUGCGGGAGGAUGGGUUUGUUUCCCUCUGCAGCCCUGAACUUAAACCCCAGAAGACAAAAGACAUGUUUAACGAAGGACCUGCAAAUAGAAAGUCAAAGUGGGUGAGUGACUUCACGCUGAUGGUGGAGUACAACAAGCUGGUGAUCGCAACAGGAGACAGAGAGAUCCAGCUUUACGAGCUUUCCACCUUGGAACCUUAUUGUCAAAUCAAUGCCCUCAACACAAUACCUUUGACUGUAGACUACAGCUACACCGGCUCUGAUAAAUGCUGUGUUCUGUAUGGAGACACUGAAGGAUGUGUGACUAUCAUUUUAAUAUCCUCCGUUGGAGAUACCCUCAGAUUAUGGAAUAAACUACCAAAGAUUGAAAAUAUACCAACCAUAGCAAUAGACAAUGCGGUGCUGUCUCUAAAUGUGACAUUUGUCAGAUGGAAGGUCCAUCAGGACUGGGUGACACAGGCAAACUAUUUUCCCAAUUUUCAAGCUGUUGUCUCCUCAUCAAAUGAAGAAUCUUCUUCUCUUGUUAUAGGCUGCAUACUGCCUUUAACUGAUGCUGAGCAGCAACUGAAUGAGAUCAGGGAAGCCUGCUAUGAGGGUAAAGCCAAGAACAUCCAACUGUGCUGGACUCCACAGGUGCGGGCAUCUUGUGAUCAGACUGUCUUCAACAUCUACAAAGGUGUCAAGACCUUUGACCUUUGUCAAAAGCACAGUUUGCUGGCCACUGGAGGCAUGGACAGACUUAUACGCUUGUGGAACCCCCAUUUUACUGGGAAACCAACCGGUGUUUUAAAAGGCCACGCUGCUCCCAUCGUCUUCCUCUGCAUCUCCUCAGAGGAGAGUCAGAUCUUCUCUGUCUCCACAGACAACACCGUUAAAAUUUGGCACAUUCAGGAUCAGUGUUGUCUGUUUACAGCAGACCCUAAAGAGAGUGGGAUCCACGGAGAUAUAUCCACAUGCUCCUAUUCCCCUGCUAUGAAAUGUCUUUACAUUGCCGCAGACUGUUUGGCUGUGCUCUCCCUGAAGCUAAGGCCGCGGCUUCACAGUCGUCUGAUGGCCUCACAUAAUGAGCCUGUAAUGUGUUGCGGCUUCAGUGAGGAGUUUCGUCAAGUUGUCAGUUGCACUGAGGGAUCUGUGGUGAAAGUCUGGGAUUUUGACAGUGGGCAGCAGGUUUUUGAGUUUGGUGGAACACAUGAUCUGUCUUCCAUUACAUGCAUGACCUUUGACCUCAAAGGUAGAAGACUCAUCACAGGUGGAACAGACGGAUGUUUAAAGAUCUGGAACUUUAAUAAUGGCCAGUGCCUCAAGACACUAAAGAAGGACGGUGAACGUCAUGAGGUGUGCGACUGUCUCUUCCUCAAAGUUCACAGGAAAUCCUAUGUGAUGUCUGUCGGAAGAGCCCGGAGGAUUGACAUUUACUUGGACAUACCUGAGGACUCUCAUCAUGUCCAGAAGCCGCAGCCUUCAUGGCAGGAUGAUAUGAAAAAUGGCCACAAGGACGACAUACUUUGUGUUGCACAGUGUCCCCCAUCCCUCCUGGCCACCAGCAGCUACAAUGGGGAGAUUAUAGUGUGGAACGUGAUUUCUGGACGCGUACAGUGUCGACUUGUCAGCCCUCUCCCAGCCCAACACCAAAACGCUGAAGCACUGGAUACAAGCGUUCCCAGCAUCAUUUUCCUGAAAAACUUGCAGCAGCUUUCCUUGACUACAGCUCUCCUGUCAUCUGGGGCCAAAGGUUGUGUAAAUCUCUGGAAUGUGCUCAGUGAAGGAAAGUUUGUGAGCACCUUCAAAGCGUCUAAAUUCCAACAAAAGAUAACAAAAAUGGCCAAAACAGACAAGGACACGCUGCUGUACGCUGCUGACAGAAUUGGUUACAUCUAUGUUUACAGCACUGAGAAGUUUGCCCCUGAGCAAAAAUCACCAAGAGCUGAAAACGUCUGGCGAGCUCACACCAGCACAAUUACCGGCUUGCAGGUUGUUGACAAUGAUCAAGUGCUGCUUACUUCGUCCACUGACCACACUGUGCGCCUGUGGAGUGCACAAGGAGAAUUCAUCGGGACCUUUGGGCAGCCCGAGAGCUGGAACGUCCACAUCUCCUCAUCCUGGAUGCAUCCUGGUGUCCCCUUUGAGGUUCUGAUUGAUCCUCUGAGUAUGCCAGAUAAUGAAAUUCUGAAUGCAAUAACAUGUCACUCUGAUGCCAUGACUCCUGGCAGGGCUGAGGCUGAUAGAGGGGAAGUAAAGACUUUGUGAUGAAAUUGUCAGGCAUACUAACAAGCUGUAUCGAACCACUGCGCUGUGGAAGGAGUUUGAUACUGUGGAGCCACCAAACUCCAGCAAACCACCUGACCUCUCCCUCGCUGGCAUUGAUCCUUUCACAAGCAGCACCGAGGAACUGGAGUGAACUGAAUAAGACCGAAUUGUAUUGAUCACAGUUGGAAAACUGGGUCAUUGCAGCAUCCAAUGUAUUGCCAAGACAAGGAAAGACAAAUAAAAUAGAGUGAAAUAAAAGCAAGAAUUAAGGCUAUAUGUAACCAUACACAGCUUUUCAACAGCAACGCCAGUGAAGUAAAACUAUGGAUGAGUGAAAGAGUUAAAACAGAAAAUGUUACAAUUGCUAAAUUGAUUUCAUUAAUCCAACAAAUGCUAAACAAAUGCUUCCAAGCAGGUUUAUAGUUUAUUAUUUAUUUAUUUAGACAGGACAGUGCAUUUUAAUGUAUGUACAAUCUCAUAAGGUUGCAGUAAAUAAGCCGGAUUUAACACAAAGCUAAUGUCCAUCCGUUGUCCCAAACAUGAAAGAAAAACAUACGGGAUUACAGAGGUACACAAACAAUAUAGCAAAACAAAGACAAUGAUGACGAAUUAAUUCUGGCUGGGUUAAGCCUACCCUAAAGUGCUAUUAUUUCAGGAAAGUGCUUUCUAGGCAGAGCCUGUCAUAAAGUGCUUAUAGUUAAAGUGCGUGUAUGAAGAAGCCUGCUGUUCCUCAAAAUUCUGAUUGCUCUCAUUUCUAGUGUUAGCACUGACAUAAAGCAAAGUAGGAUGGUGUUGUGAAAUUGUUAUCAUUGCACAUGAACAACAGCUUUGAAAUUUAUGACUUCAGACUGCUGAGAGGAGCACAUUUUGGUCUGCGACUUCAGAGAGCCAGUUUGCUUACUGACUUUCUACAAAAACUCGCAACGUGGAAAGAAAUAUAAAGAAACUACUCAAAUAUAUUCUAUAUUAUAAUCUGGCUAAAUAUUUAAUCUAACCAUGUAGGUACGUUUAAAGAUACUGAAUUUCAUAUCUGUAAAGAAAAUUGGGUAAAAUCAACAUGACUCCACAGUACCACAGAGAAUUAUCACAUAACUCUGCAGUUCAUCUGCCGUUUUCAACAUCUUUUAGGUUUACAUUCAUUUUUUGGUCCAUGUUUGUUGUGUGUAAUGUUAUUUUACACCUCUGCUAUCCAUAGUGGCCAAAAAUGGCAUCAGUUAUUGAAGGUUUAAAUGUGUGAUAGCCCUGUUAAAAAAUUCAUUCAUUUUCUUCUACAUCUUCUUGAGGAAGUAACAUUAUUGAAGAUAUGACAGAAUCUGAGGAAAAUAUGAUUCCAGUGAUAGCGGCUAUAGUUUGCAUAAUACAUUUUUUAAUCUUAUCUCGAUGUAAUAUACGUGUAAUAAAUGCAUUAUUCAUGGUCUUGCAAAGGUGCUCUGGCAUGCUUUGUAUUAUUAACAAAAUCCUCCAUACUUUCAAAUUUGUCAGCCUUAUAAUUUAUUAACAAUACAAUUCAAUAUGAGACAAUAUAACAGAUCAAUAUGAUACUGAGGUUUGCCACUGAUCAGACGCAGCAUUAAAAUCACUAACAGUGACUUUGAUCAUGCUGUUUCAAUCCAGUGUCCCUCUGGGAAACCUUGGAAUUCAUGUGGAUGCUACGUUUGACACAUACCACUCACCUAAACAUUGCUCCAGACAGCACCCAAGGAUUCGUUGCGAAGGUUCUGAUUUCAGACACCAGAGGAUACCCCCAGAGGUCUAAUGUUCAUGCUCCAUCAGCUCAGAGCUGUUUUAGUGGUGCUAGAGGACCUACAAAAUAUGAGGCAGGUGGUUUCAAUGACAAGGAAUGCAGACUUUGAUCAUAAUUAAUAUGGGCAGUAAUAUUUAAUACAUGUAACAAUGUUGAAUAUGAGUCUUACAGUUGUGCAUUUUAGGUAUGAGUAAGGAAAAAAGUGAGACGUAUCAGUGCAGACGCAGCACUGUUUGAAAAAGCAAAAUGAAGUGUGAUAUAUUAAAAAAAAUGAGGGAAUGAUGUGUAC